AUGGAAGCUAUCAAAAAGGUUUUCGAACAGAAAAAGGCUCAGGAUGCGACUGCCUUCGUUGCUUUCGUGACCGCGGGAUACCCCAAGAAAGAAGACACUGUACCGGUCCUGCUAGCAUUGCAGGCUGGUGGUGCAGAUAUCAUUGAAUUGGGCAUUCCAUUCUCCGAUCCUAUUGCAGAUGGUCCUGUUAUCCAGGAAGCAAACACUGUCGCACUCAAAAAUGACAUUGAUUACCCUACAGUUCUUGGACAAAUAAGAGAGGCCCGACAACAAGGGCUUACCGCGCCUGUGUUGCUCAUGGGCUACUACAACCCUAUGUUGGCCUACGGAGAAGACAAGGCCAUCCAAGAUGCAGCAGAGGCCGGUGCCAAUGGCUUCAUCAUGGUCGAUCUUCCACCUGAAGAAGCCAUCGCUUUCCGGCAAAAAUGUGCCGCCUCCAACCUGUCUUAUGUGCCACUUAUUGCACCCUCCACCACCCUCAAACGAAUUCAAUUCCUGGCUUCCAUUGCGGACUCAUUCAUCUAUGUCGUCUCGAAGAUGGGUACCACGGGUUCCUCCGCCAAUGUCGCUGUCAACGAAGAACUGCCUACCAUUCUUUCUCGCAUCCGGGAAUAUACCCAUGUCCCACUGGCUGUCGGAUUUGGGGUCGCUACCCGGGACCAGUUCAACUACGUCGCCGAUGCUGGAGCAGAUGGUGUUGUUAUUGGCAGUCGAAUUGUAAAUGCCAUCAAGGCCGCCGGCGAUGGAGAAGUUCCGCAAUUCGUGGAGAACUAUUGCCGAGAGGUAUCUGGAAAGGGCGAGCCAUCCCGCGUUCGUUCUCCAGGAGCCGCUCAACGCACGCCAUCCCAGCUGACUCCCAAUGCCGAAACUGCAAAGGGGGUGGAGAACAUCCUUCCCGCUCGUUUUGGCCAAUUUGGUGGUCAAUACGUACCAGAGUCUUUGGUCGAUGCACUUGCUGAGCUGGAGGAGGCUCACAAGUCAGCCAUAGAAGACCCCGCCUUCUGGGAAGAAGUCCGAAGUUUGUAUACCUACAGCAACCGACCCUCCAACCUCUACCUCGCUGAGAAUCUCACCAAGGAAGCUGGUGGUGCCAACAUUUGGUUGAAGCGAGAAGACCUGAACCAUACCGGAUCGCACAAGAUUAACAACGCUCUCGGCCAGAUCCUCCUCGCCAAGCGGAUUGGCAAGACGCGAAUCAUCGCAGAGACCGGUGCUGGUCAACACGGUGUCGCCACUGCAACAGUCUGUGCCAAAUUUGGCCUCGAAUGUGUCAUCUACAUGGGUGCCGAGGAUGUGAGGAGACAGGCACUCAACGUCUUCCGGAUUGAAAUGUUGGGUGGAAAGGCAUGGGUUAUUCCCGUUCACUCCGGCUCCUGUACCUUGAAAGACGCGGUCAACGAGGCCAUGCGCGACUGGGUCACCAAUCUCUCAACCACCCACUAUCUUGUUGGAUCCGCCAUCGGCCCCCAUCCCUUCCCGACCAUCGUCAGAGACUUCCAGAAAGUCAUCGGAGAGGAGAUCAAGGCACAGCUGAAGGAAGUUCGAGGAAAACUCCCUGACGUCGUCGUUGCCUGUGUCGGUGGUGGCAGCAACGCCAUUGGAACCUUCUACGAUUUCAUUCCCGAUAAAUCUGUUCGCCUUGUCGGUGUCGAAGCGGGGGGUGAAGGUAUCGAUGGACACAAGCACAGCGCUACCUUGUCUAUGGGCCAGCCCGGUGUCCUUCAUGGAGUCAGGACGUACAUCUUGCAGGAUAAGGCGGGUCAGAUUAUCGAGACCCAUUCGAUCAGUGCCGGUCUCGACUAUCCAGGUGUAGGACCCGAGCACGCUUGGUUGAAAGACUCUGGUCGUGCAGACUACGUCGUUUGCACCGACGAAGAUGCUUUGCGUGGUUUCCGAAUGCUCACUCAGAAAGAGGGCAUCAUCCCAGCGCUCGAGUCGUCGCACGCCAUCUGGGAAGGUGUCAAGAUCGCUAAAUCACUGCCAAAGGAUAAGGACAUCGUCAUUUGCUUGUCUGGCCGUGGAGACAAGGAUGUUGAACAAAUCUCCGAGCUGCUGCCCAAGUGGGCCGAUAAGCUCGACUGGCACGUCUCUUCGAAUGCCAUCCCUUCGAAGUAA